AUGGGCGACAUUUGGAGAGAAAUCAGAAGGCAGCAAGAUUUAUCUGAACAAUUUGAACCGCAAGCAUCCGAUGGACUUGAAGAUAUCUCGAGCGAGCAACUGGCCUACGUAUUUGAGGGAGAAGACGACGAUUAUAUGAGCGACCACGAGCAAGAAUAUGAAGAUGAAGUGGACUACGAUUAUGAACUACUCACCGCUCAGCAACAAUGGGAAGAAUCACUCGAACAGCUGAGUCAGGUUUUGAACUGGGUUUUGCUUCCGCUUUUAGGCAAGUUUUUGGGUAGACGAACAGCACUUCGGAUCUGGAAAAACGUUAUGGACUAUAUGUGGUAA